UCCAAUCGAUCGCAUGGUCGCCUCCGCCGUGGAGGCUCCACCCGACACCGCGGCAUCGCCGUCGGCGAUGGGCCGGCGAGUCCAGCGGCUGGUCAGCAUCGCCGCCGUCGCCGCGGCCACGGCCUCGCUUCUAUAUCUCUUCUCCCACGCCUCCACCUCCUGCCUCCGCGCGCCCCGCGCGGCCCUCACCACGCUCUCCCUCGCCUCGUUCCCGCGCACCUCCUGCGACGCCGCCGCCCGCCGCGUCGUGGCGCCGGACCGCCGCCUCGCGAAGCUCCAGGCCUCCGCGCGCUGGCGCCGCCGCUCCGCGGCGCUCGCCUCCUCCGCCUUCGCCCCGCUCUGCGGCCUCCGCCUUCUCGCUGGCUCCUCCCGUGUCCUCUGUCUGGCCGCCGGCGCCGGCCAUGCCAUCGACGCGCUCCACGCCGAGGGGGUCAGUGACGUCACCGGGAUCGACCUCGUGGACUUCCCGCCUCUCGUCCGCCGCGCCGACCCCCAUCACCUCCCCUUCUCGGACGGCGCCUUUGACCUUAUCUUCUCCGACGACCCCUCCGGGAUCUCCGGCGCCCUCUUCCCUUCCCAGAUUGCCGCGGAAGCCGAGCGCGCCGUCCGCUCUGGAGGGGCCAUCGCGCUCGCCGUCGACCGGCACCUCGACCCGGCGGCCGUUGCCGCGCUCUUCAAGAGGUCCCGCAUCGUUGACAUGAGGGAUAUCACCUUCGGUGGCUCACAGCACAAGUUGGAAACAUGGAAGCUAUCUGAAGCAGUGUUCACCCAGGCGCUAGGUGCUUGUCGGAUUACAGACAAGAUCUAAUUCUGAAUUUGUGAAUUGCGAUUAGUUGGGGAUAAUUGACCACCGACACCCGCUUUGGGUGUGGAGGCCAAGUUUUAAUCCAUUUUCUAAAAGAAAGGUUGGGAUGGGUUAGUUAGGUGACUUAGACAUUUCACAUUUCUGCCUUUCAUAACACUAAUGCAGAAAGAAUAUUUGGCAAGAUUAUUUGCGUCUCCUGUUUUUCAAUCCUUAUUGCUGCCUUUCAGAACACUGAUGCAGAUAGAAUAUUUGGCAAAAUUAUUUGCAUAUUUUGUUUUUCAAUCCUUCUAGGUAUACUUCAUUUUGCAUGUUCUGAUGGAAUUGUGGUAGGAUGCAGCUGUUUUUGCCAAAGAUUGUCCAUCUAUCCCUUUAUUUGUGACAUCUAUAAUGGCAUACAGGACUAUAGUACAAUGUUUUGUUCUCUCCUGUUGCUGUUCUGUUGAUGUUGUGGUCUUACUGCAUCAUGCCUGCCUUCCUUUUUCUGUGGAUUCUGCAUCUUUCCCGGAUGCAUAUCCCCAGCUGGAAAAUGUGUGGAAUGGUAGAAUGAUUGGUCUUUUUUUCUAGUGCCGUCCUGGUAACAUCUUUUCAAGUCAUUU